AUGAGCUACUCACGAGAUGACUACACGGUCGCAUGGAUAUGCGCCUUGCCGUUAGAAAUGACAGCGGCAAAGCUCAUGCUGGAAAAAGUCCAUGCUUUGCUGCCUCAGCUAGAAACUGAUUAUAAUACGUACACUCUUGGGAGUGUUGGUGGUCAUAAUGUCGUGGUGGCUUGCCUGCCCUCAGGCGUUUACGGAACUACAUCUGCUGCAAUCGUGCUCGCCCAUAUGCUGUCGACAUUUCCUUCCCUACGAUUCGCCUUAAUGGUGGGAAUUGGAGGUGGCGUACCCAAAAGUAACGACAUUCGACUUGGCGACGUCGUUGUUAGCUUACCAAGUGGCGCCUCCGGGGGUGUGGUACAAUAUGAUUACGGGAAGGCCCUCCGCGAUGGAAGUUUUCAACGCACAGGCUCUCUGAACAAGCCCCCACGGUACCUAUUAACAGCAGUCUCCCAGAUUCGCAGCGAUCCUGAAACGUCACUCGAGAAAACAGUAAAAGAGGCGCAUCAGAAAAGCGAAAGUAUCCGAAAAGAAUUCUCACGUCCAAGCAAAGACUGGCUAUUCGAGGCAACCUAUGACCACAAUAGCAUGAACCUCGACUGCUCGACAUGCGAUCAAACCCAGCUAGUGGACCGUCGACUGAGGGAAAGUGGUGAACCGCUCGUUCACUAUGGACUCAUUGCGUCUGGUAACCAGGUCAUAAAAAAUGCUCAGUUAAGAGACUCGAUUGCCCAGAAGACAGGUAUUCUCUGCUUUGAAAUGGAGGCGGCUGGGUUGAUGGACCAACUACCAUGUCUGGUAAUCCGAGGGAUAUGCGACUAUUGUGAUUCGCACAAGCAUAAAGAAUGGCAAGGAUAUGGAGCUCUUACUGCGGCCGCGUAUGCGGCUCAUCUAUUGCAUGCUGUUCCCGUGACUGAUCACACGUCGUCUCGUGCACAGAACGUGGAAUUCACUGAAGAAGAAAAAGCAUGCUUGCGCAGCCUUUUCAUCACUGAUCCGGAAGAGGACAAGAAUUCCCUGAAGCGAAGAAAAGGUGACCGCGCUUUUGACACAUGCAGUUGGAUCUUUGACACCGAGGAGCUGCAAUAUUGGCUUGGACUCCCCACACAUAAUGACCAGGAGGAGCAGAAUAUACUAUGGUUAUAUGGUAAUCCAGGCACGGGAAAAUCAACGAUGGCCAUCACGUUAUCGGAAGAGCUUCCAAGCAAACCGUAUUUCCAGGAUGGAGGCAAGACUAUCGCAUACUUCUUCUGCGACUCGAGCUCAGAUGUCAACAGAACUGCAAUAUCCGUAUUGCGUGGCCUUCUCUAUCAAUUGAUCAAGCGAUGCCCGACACUCAUGCUGCAUUUGCUUCCUAGGUACAUUGAACGGAAAGAUAAACUCUUCGGAUCGUUCGAUGCUUUAUGGACUGUCUUAUUAGACAUUGCCAAAAUUUCCGACGGCAUGGAUUUCUAUUACAUUAUUGACGCUUUGGACGAAUGCGAACCUGAUUCACAAGAAACCUUGCUUGAGCAGAUUCACCAGACGUUUGGCAAUCCCAAUUCCAAAAGCUCAGCCCCAUCAAAUAUACAUUUUCUCAUCACAAGUCGCCCCUACCAUGAAAUUCGAAGACCAUUAUCUGCUUUCCGAUCUAAGGAUUUGGCUACCUACGAGGAAGUUGCAAGCGAUUUGAGAAAAGUAAUCAAGGAAAAAGUUGAGGUCCUGAGUAAGCGGAACAAAUACCCAAAGGCCUUGUCUGCUGAUAUCUCUCGAGUGCUGGAGGCGAAAGCAGAGGGAACAUUUUUGUGGGUAGGCAUUGCCUGCGAUGAAUUGGCACAAGUACAAUCUAGGAACUCAAUGAAAACCUUGCAGGCUCUGCCUCGUGGACUGAAUUCUCUAUAUCAGAAACUCCUGGAAACAGCCAUCACCGGGAGUAACGAAGGCGAUGAACCAAUGAUUCUUGAAAUGUUGACUUUCGUUGCCUUUGCACUAAGACCACUGACAUUAGCAGAGCUCUCCGAGGCUUGUCAACUCUAUCCCGAAGAGGAAGAGGACUGUCGGCUACAAUUCACACAAGAAAUUAUUGAUCUAUGUCGCUUGAUGAUUGUGGUGCAAGGAAGUCAUGUGCGACUCUUACAUAAGUCUGUAAAGGACUUUCUGCUCAAGGGAACUGCAAAUAUCAAUGACCUUAAAGCGAACGCAACAUUAGCCCACCGCUGUCUCAAUAACGUCUUACACAAUGUAAGACUGAAAAGUACUAUGAUGCUCCCUGAUGCUCGAGACCGUUUUCUUAGUUAUUCAACUGUGUAUUGGCCACGGCAUGCCAGUCUUUCAAAAACCGAGUUCACAAUCAAUCGUGAACAUGAGAACUUUUUUUCUUUGAGCUCUACUUCCUGGAACGACUGGAUGGGUCUUUACAAUUCUCUACAAACAUUUUCCUCUAAUAGACUAGACCUUGGAUUUUCGACACUUCAUGCUGCAGCGCGUUGGGGUAUCCAGCAGUUGAUCCAGUUUGCGAUCAAUGUCACCAAUGCCAGUUCUCGACGCUUAGAGCCUACUAGGGAAGGAGAAUCAUAUAUUGACUCGGAUUAUGCAACAUCCAAGGGUGUGACACCAAUGAUCGAAGCCGCAAGAAGUGGUCAGAUUUCGAUACUGAAGAUUUUAUUGGAAAGAGGACCACCAAACCAGCAGAUAAAUCAAGAUGUGAUGAAAGCCGCAGCACGAAACACUAUACGAGGGGAGAAAAUUGUGGCAUACCUCCUGGAUGAACACAAAGAUCAGAUCAAAAUUACAAAUGACAUGAUCAAGGUCGUAUCACAGAACCGCCCUCAUGGAACACUCAUCAUGAGGUUAAUAAUUGACCAAUGCAAGGAACAGAUUUUAGUCAACCCUUACUUAAUAAUAACAAUCCUUGAAAAAUUUGAUGUCACGGUGGUGGCAUUCCUCCUAAAUCAGUACCAAGGGAGGUUGCAGAUUACGGAGGGUAUGAUCGAGGCUGCUGGGCAAAACUACUCGGAUGGAAAUGAGAUAAUGACUUUGAUGCUGGAGCAGUAUAACGUCAGAAUUCAGGAGAAUCCUGGUCUGGUGUCUAAAGUAAUUCAGCACUUUAAUGAAAAAGUCGUGGAACUCAUUCUGAAUCAGAUGGGGGAUCGUAUCGAACUUGGAGAUGAAAUAUUCAAAGCUGCUGCUCGAAAUUAUCGGUAUGAGAAUGUAAUGUUCCUACUUCUUGGCAAAUAUGGUGAGGAGAUAUCGAUUGCAACGAACAUAGCAUGGCCGGGGGUUCCCUACAUCUCUAAUGUUGAAUACAAUUGCGCUCAAGGCAGCACAGAAUACAAUACUUGGCAAACAUAUGCUGCACAAUCCGGAGCCUCUGCGGUACAGGCUUUCGUAGGAUAUUGGAGAUGCAUAAAUAGAGAAGCCGGCGAUCGUUAUUGGAAUGUUCCUUUUCGGAGAAAUCCCAAUUUUGUUGCUCAAAAUGAUGAGAUUGCCCAGAUCAAAGAUUUGGUCUUACGGUACACAGUGCCUGCUAGGAUCUUGGUUUGUGGUCUAAAUGGAGUCGGAAAGACACACUUGGCCUUAGAACUGGCUUAUCGCAUACGAGAACACGACCCUGAAUGGUCAAUUUUCUGGAUCUCAAGCUCUAGUGCUAAGGUUAUUGAGCAAUCCUACAUGGAAAUAGCAAAAAUGCUUGGAUUCUAUAAAGUAGAGCAAACAGAGGCCAAAAAUUUUCUGACUUUUUAUCUAUGUCAGAAGCAAGCAGGGAAAUGCCUCCUGAUAUUUGACAAUGCUGAGAAUAUUUCCAUAUUGACGGAGUAUCUACCUCGAAACGAGCUAGCUCAGAUUCUCAUCACAAGUCGAGCCGGAGCUUUGGUUCCAAGAUUAGCAACUGAUCAUGUUAUCCAGCUCUCAACCUCAAGUGUCGAAGCUGCACUUGACAUACUGGAGAACUCUCUGGUCGAUAAAAGCUUGCUUAAUGACCAAGAGACAGCAAAAGCUCUUGUCCAGCGUCUAAGUCUGCUCCCUCUAGCUAUACUGCACGCUUCGGCAUAUAUCAACUCGACCAAAAAAACCGUUUCCCAAUAUCUGUAUUUGCUGGAGCGACAAUAUUCGAAAUUUGGACAGAGAAGUGGAGGGCCUGUAGAGCAAAAUUAUAGCACCACUCCAAGCCUGAAACGUAUAUGGCGGACUACUUUUCAACAAAUUUCGCGAAAGAACCAGCUAGCAGCAUACUACCUAUCGUUUAUGGCCUGUAUGGAUGGCGAUGGUAUUUCACAGUCUUUGCUUCCAUCAGCCAAGCUCGAGAAUAAACUGGAUGCUAUUGGCCUUUUAAAAGACUCCUCGAUCAUAGUGGAAACCUCCCGGGGCUAUUUUUCCAUGCAUAGGUUAUUGCGUCACGAAGUUCGGGACUGGUUGAAAUCGGACCAGCGAUUUCGACAAGAAGUUCUGAAGGUAGCAGACCACUUGAGUGAUAUAUUCCCAAAUUAUACCACCAAUAGGAGUAUGCGGCGCGAAUACCUGCCGCAUGCUAUGUCUUUGCUUGCCGAGGUUGAAUUCCAAGAAGAGCAGGCGAGAUAUAUCAAAUUGAUGCGAAGAGUUGGACACUGUUUACUUAUUGAUAAAAGGUACAGUGAAGCGGCAGCUUUAUUCGAAACUAUCAUGACCAUACAGAAGAACGAAAAUUCGGAUAGCAGCUAUUCAAUACUGUUCAGCGUUGCUGACUUGGCGCGGACAUAUAAAGAGCAUGGUCGGGUCGAUGAAGCCGAAGAAUUGGAACUACAGAUGGUGGAAUUAAGUAAACGAGUCAUCACAACAGAAUAUCCCGACACUCUGGAAAUGAUCCGCCAGAGUUUGGUACGUCGGCAUCAACGGAGGCAUGAGAAAGCCGAAAUUGGGCAUGGGCAAGAACUAAAAGAUCCAGAUAAUGCCUUAGAACUAGAGCUUCCUGAUACUCUUCACUAUUUCAGUGAUCUCGGCUUAGCCCUUGACCGUCAUGGGAGACACGAAGACGCAGAAAAUAUGCAUAUAUUGGCGUUUGGAGGUCUCUACAAAGUCCUUGGUCCAGAAGAUUAUUCCACUUUGACCGGCAUAUUCAGCCUCGCCUACUCUUUGCUCGCUCAAGAUAAGAAAGAAGACGCAUCUACCCUUCUGGAAGAAUUCAUCAAACUCCGGGGUAAGAGCCUGAAACCCGAUCAAACAGCUAUUGAAGAUGCCUCUUUCUGUCGUAGUCAUUGGGAAGACUACUGUAAGAUGCGACUCUUCCGGAAACAGCAGCAAGAGCAGAAGAUGAUCAGCUCAAACGAAAAAUUUCAGCUCAUGGAAGAUACAUCAGCAUCGACAAUUACGACGCCACCUGUUGAACGACAUUCAGCAAAUCCUGCACAGAGGUUUAUACGAGAUCACCCCCUCCUACGAGCUUCGCGGAGUGACCAAUCUGUUCAGGACGGUCUUGACUUAGAAGAUGUUGAUUGA